UGUCCUUUUUAGAAGAAAAAAAAGAAAGAAAACUCAUAUUUCAUGGAGAGUUUAUGACUUUGUUUGAUCUCUUGUUUCAGGCUGGAAUCUUUCAUCAUGGCACACUUCUCCCUACUUCUCCAUGUAUCAAUUAUCUUGAUCCAAUGUUCACAAAGUCUUGCAACACAGGUAAACCUAGGCCCGCGAAGAUGUCAUGAAGAUUUAAAAGAAAAGACUGCUAUGUGUGGUGACAUGGGUUUUAAUUCUGUUCCUCAACAUCUCCCAGAUGGCAUCGAGGUUCUACAACUGGAAAACAACAACAUAUCUUCUCUACUGAAUUCUUCAUUUACAAGAUAUCCUCUCAUUGCCAAACUAGAUCUUUCAACUAAUCACAUUAACGUGAUAGAAAAUGCAGCUUUCCACCCUCUAAAGAAUUUACUGCGACUGGAUCUUUCUUGGAACCCACUCUAUGUGUUUCAAGGUACAGGUAUUUUCAAAUACACAAGGAAUCUAUCGUACUUAGAUAUGUCAAACUCAUUUGUGAAGUCAAUCCCUUAUGAUAUGCUGGCAUGGAGUCCCAAACUGGAUACUUUAAAUCUUGGGUUUACUCUGCUCACCAUUAUAAAUUUAAGCUCGUGUGGUAGGGUAAAGACCGUCGAUCUGACAGAUAACUUGAUUACAAACUUAACAGUAAAUACUUUCAAUUUCUCCUGCAAUACUGAUACUUUAAAGAUUUAUGGGAACUACAUCAGAUCAGUGGAUCCAAAAGUUAUUGCGUCGCUUCAUGUGAAAUCUUUAAGAUUCAAAUCUGAUACAAUAACAACAAAGACGUUGAGUAGCAUAUUCCGAGGAAUAUCCAAUUCAUCAAUAAAGAGUUUUAAAAUAUCAGAUGGCAUCAAUAUUAACUUCUCUUCGCCAGGCUUAUUUGACCCACUGCGAGAUUGUUCUCUAGAAAACCUCGACCUCUCUCUAAACGGUAUACGCUCUCUAUCUCCUUAUAUUUUUUCAAAUCUGACAAGUGUGAGGAAAUUUAUCCUUGCUUACAACGAUAUCAUUGCUGUCCAACCCGAAUUCUUCUUCGGCAUGCAAAUGCUAAGAGUAUUAGAUAUGACAAAUACUCAGCUUAAACGCAUAGAUAAACAAGUCAUACCAUGGUCAUGGAGUUUGGGAUUGUCUGAGUUAUGUUUACCUAAUAAUCAGUUCACUGCUAUAUAUAGAGAUAUGUUUACAUGGUUACAUAACCUUACGAAUUUAAAUUUGUCCUCGAACAAAUUGCUCACCUACAUAGAGGAAGGUUCUUUCAUUGAUCUGAAGACAAUUGAAGUAAUUGAUCUAUCUGAUUGUAAAAUUAUGAAAUUUCAUAGCAUAGAAGUCCCAAACUUAAAAUCCCUCUACCUUAAUAAUAUGAUAGGCCUAUGGUUAUUUUUUGGACAUCUACGUCCCUUUAAAAGACUGCAUCUUCUGGAACAUUUAGAGAUGACGAAUGUAGAAAUUUCUAAUGACGACCUUUGGGACCCAGGCAUGAAUACAUCUCUUUUCGACGGUCUGUUCAACCUCAAAACUUUAAAUCUGAGCAAAAGUCAACUAUCGAAUUUGCAUGGUGAUCAUAAUCCGGAUCUGCCGCCCGAAGUUUUGCGACAGCUCUCCGUUUUACAAAUCCUCUCUCUAGAAGACUGUGAUCUGUCAGACCUUCAUCCGGAAGCUUUCUCAGGAUUGGAAUCACUUCAGAUGCUUAUACUUAGAAACAACAACCUAGAAAAGUUAUCGGCUGUUCUUUUCAAGCAAUUACUUAAUAUAACAAUCAUUGACCUUAGUGAUAACCUUCUGACGGACCUAGAUCGAGGGAUUUUUACCAGCAACCGAGGACUAAAAAUGCUCCUUCUUUCAAAUAACAAAUUAACGCGUCUUGACCAAAGUGCCUUUAAAUCGAUACAAACUUCUCUUUUAUCAAUUGAUCUAUCAACUAACCCGAUAAAUUGCGAAUGUGAUCUAAGCUGGCUCAUGGACUGGCUAAGUGGGUCACUUAUCCUCCAAAAUACCAAUAAAACUAUUUGUGCAUCAGAUUCUUUAGAGCCUCUUCAGGACCAGCACUUGAUCGAAUUUGAUCCUAAAGAGUUUUGUAGCAUCGACAUCGUCAUCAUCUGCCUUCCUUCCUUGGCAAUCAUCUGCCUAAUUUUGAUCAUUGGACUCACGUAUCACAACCGUUGGCAGUUAAGGUACAAAUUGUUUCUUGUGAAACUAGCAGCCAUCGGCUACAAGGAGAUGCGAGAUGCUCGGGACCAUAAUGACUAUGAGUUUGAUCUGAAUGUUAUAUUUUAUGAUGAUGACGAAGACUGGACUCGCGAACAUCUCCAACCGGCUAUCGCAGAACGGCUUCCGCAGUUUCAGAGGAAUGUCUUUGGCGAUGAUGAACUCGUGUUGGGAAUGUAUUACUUAGACGCAGUCGACUACGUGGUGAGCCACAGUUAUAAGACCGUUGUUAUCCUCAGCAGAGCUGCAGUUCGUGAUCGAUGGUUUAUACUUAAAUUCCGUACAGCAAUGGACCAUGUAAGUGAUAUCGGAACAGAAUUCGUAGUGGUGAUCUUCCGUGAGGACAUCCCAGAUGAUGAGAUGCCGUUCUUGGUGAGAUUGUUCCUCAGCGAUGGUAGACCUUAUAUUUACUGGACAGAUGAUGUGAGAGGACAUGAGUAUUUCUUCGAAGAAUUAACCAAACAUCUUACCAUUAAUCUUCGCACCAAUGAUAGGCUACCUGUCGAAUAGGUGUGCAACAUG